AUGUUUACACCUCUUCACACCUCCCUAGGUGCUCUUCUUUUGUUCCAAGGCUCAUCCAGCCUCCUCAUUCAUAACGGUGCUGUCUUCGGGAUCUCUUCGCUUUUGUCGGGAUGCGUCUUCAACCCGAAUCGUGAUAACGUUCCCAUUAUCGCAGGGCUCGUGUCCAGCGUGGUUCCGGUGUACUUGUUCACCCCAUCGUUGAUACCAGCAUAUCCACCUGCUCCGACCUCUUUGGCUUCUGUUGCGUCCACAAUUGGAGUGGGUUUCUUGCUGGGUUGGGGAACAAAGAAUGGGCGAGGUUGUACUUCUGGCCACAUGCUUUGUGGUCUCUCCCGCCUCUCACCACGUUCUUUGAUUGCAACAGCCGUUUUCUUCACGACUGCUUUGCUGACGGCAAACUUUGUUGCUGGAGGACAGAAUAUCCCGCCAUGUGCAGCUGAUAUUCCUUGCUACACUCCGACAUACCCAUCAACACCGGAGCUCAUUUUCAUGGCCGGUACGACGGCUAUAACAUUUCUCACCAAUCACUUCAUCGUCCCUCGAGUACUCACCCGAUCGGAAGAAUCGAGGACAAUCUUUUCUUAUCUGGCCGGAAUCGAAUUUGGGCUGGGUCUCCUCAUCUCCGGAAUGGCCGACUCAGCAAAGGUAAUGCGAUUCUUCGCCUUUCUAACGGAUCCCUCGCGCUUUGAUCCUUCACUGGCCCUCAUUAUUCUUUUCGGAAUUGGCCCAUCGCUUCUCACAUAUCUGUCUGCAAAGCCGGGACAAAAUGCAAAAGAUGAGGCAGGCAAACCCACAAAACCGACAUUGGCAGAGCAUUGGAGGCUACCCACAGCGACUGUUGCAGAUAUCGACUGGCGCUUUUUAGGCGGUGCAGUAGCAUUUGGACUCGCGUGGGGAUUACGAGGGGUGUGUCCGGGACCAGCCAUCUUGCGUGCAGUAUUGCAACCGACAUGGGGUCUGGCGGAGAUGAGUGGAUAUAUGCUGGGGAACAUGAUGUAA